AUGCUGCUUGCUGCGGUUGCUGCAGUUGGAAAUGAUGCAAAUGCCGAUGCGGCCACGAAGGCAGCAGCUGCUGGCCUGGCUGUGGCCUUCCUAGGAGCAGAGAUUGGUCUGACGGCAGAAGAACAAGCACACUUUGCGGCUCAAGCAGCACAAGCGGCUGCAACAGCUGCCUCAGGCGAGUUGGGUUCGUUCGGCAUCCGUGCAAGUGGUGUGGCUGCUGUACUGUCUGGACUGCGGAACAAUGCCUCAUCCACAGUGGCAGAGAUUGCGGCCUUAGCUGCACAGGCGGCAGCAGACACGGCUGUACGCUUUGGCCUCUCUCCAAUUGAUGUGGUGCGGGCUGCUGCCAUGGUCGCAGCGGAUGUCUUUGACCUUGCUGCUGAUGACACAGAGGAUGGCUCUGAGCUGCAUGAUGGUUGGGAUGACUUCGACCCGAUCGGUGCGGCGCCCUCUGAGUCAGGUUGGUCAGAGCCCAGACAUUCGAUCCAGGUUGAGCAUGAGCCCGAGCUUAGCACUGCCCACGAGGUCCAACCAGGUCCUCGGCUACCAAGAGCACGACCUCAACGAGACCAUGGAGCUGCAGCCCCUACACCCCAUGACAACACCCGGAACGAUGUGAACACUGUCGACGCCUUUGCCGGGACCAGCCCUCAGACGGCAAUGAGUCAGACCUCGGACAGUUCCACGACAUGGAAUUCCCGGAAGGGACCUGAGCCUGGCAUCAAAUGGAAGUCGGGCCAGUAUCCUGCUGUCCCGACAUGGAAGUACGACAGUCAGGACAUGCGUGCCUUCGCAAAGUACAAGAAAAAGAUAGCAAUCUGGCAGCUUCAAAUGAAGGCCUACGCCACGCCGAAAGAGCAGGCCCUGUUGGUCUACAACUCCCUCACGGGAGAACCUGAACAAGAAUUGGAACACAUGGCCAUCGAGGACUUCUAUGUGGAGGACGGAGUCCAGCGAAUUCUCCAAAAGCUGCAGCGACCUUUUGAACAACGCCUUUCCCAUGCUGAUCAACGCCUCAUACUGGUGGGCGCGCAACAAAGCCUGGACUUUGAGGCCAUUGCUGAAUGCCUCACACUUCAGUGGCCAGAGUUCAGAGCUCCUCCACCAGUCGUGAACAAAGACGGCAAGGGCUUGGGCAAAAGUGGGAAGAACAACAUGAGCACUUCAUCCUCCUCGAGCUCUACUUCAUUCACCUCCUCUUCACAGACUUCCAAAGGAAGCGGAAAGGGGAUUCCUCGGCGACAAGCCUUUGUCGCGAACGCGACUGAGGCACCACCUGAGGACGAUGAUGAGUUUCUCGAGGUGAUCGACGAGGAGCCCGAGCAGGAAGAAGAAGGCCAUGAAGGCCAUGAUGAGACGGCAGAUGCCGGAGAAGCAGAUGAUGACGGCCAAGAGGCCGACCUUUCGGAGAUCGCGGACAUCCUCACCGUGACGGCUCGCAAGCUCUCUGGAGUGACGCUUGGAAGGAAGUUCACCACCUCCAAUCCAUCGAAGAAGACACGGCUUCCUCCAGAAGAGCUCAAGAAGAUCGUUGAUUGCCACGAGACCUACCAGUUCGGCAAGGGAUCCCCAACGAUAGCAACAAAGAAGGCCUACAUCCCUUGCGUUAUUGGUGGACAACCCCUUUUACUUGGUGUGGCAAUCCUCCCAGAGAAGAUCCCCUUUCUUGGCAGCAACAGCUUGUUGGACAUUUUGCAAACCAACCUCCGAUUGCCGGUUCGACGAGUCGAGUUCGAGCUUUUGAACAUUGCAGUUGAUCCUUUUCAAGUUGGAGGUCAUUUUGCUAUCAAGUUGUUUGAUUGUGAUCGUUCACAAGCACCUCAUCGAUGGCAUGUUUGGAAGUUGUUUUCUCAGCCGCAUGUUUGGAAGUCACCACAUCCUGAGCUUCUCAUUCCACCGCUUCAGAUGAGUGCCCAAGCAUCUCGCAAUUCGCUGCGUAAGCCCUUGGACGAUGAGACACGCACCGCCCCCAUGGUUGGUGGCAUGGAAGCGAAUGGUGCUAGCCAUGUACGGCUUUGUCUCCAACCUGAUCACCUACAUGACCAAGGCGGCAAGACUCCAUUUGGUUCCACGGGAUUUCCUUUGGAGGGCAUUCCCACCUUACGACGCUGUUCAAGCUCCAGUCCCCUUGCCGAAGGACUGCGACCAUGCCAAAGUGAAGCGUCGUGGCAACGCUCACGGACGGUUUGCAACCUGCCUCACAUGCCACAUGAAGUGGCGAUGGAACGCAACCGUCGAGAAGUGGGAAACAAAGGUCUCAUCGCCCAGCUCUUCUACGCCAUUGCAGCCAUUGCCGGCGCCAUCCUCAGCAACGAUCCUCAGGGAUUCAGAAGCGGCAAUGUUGAGCAAGGGAGUCAAAGCGAAGCCAAAGCCGACGAAGCGGCCGGGCUAUGCCAAGACUACUUCAUCGGCGAGCUCUACGGCAAGCGCGUCCCAGAGGUUCUGGACGGACUUCAGUGCAUGGGAACUGAAGACGGAACACCUGCCGGCGGACCUUCAACACGAGGUAUGGCAGAUCUGCGAACAAGCUUCACCUCUGGACGCCGAGCCCGCCAACAUGACGGAGUACAUGUUCCUGAACGAGCUCAGCUUCGAGGCUCAGCGCACUUCAAUGGAGAAGACGGCAGAUCAGCGCCGACACCAGCGCCUCAUGGAGCUCGGAGUGAUUCCACAGCAGGAGAUCCACCUGGACGACGAGGGCGAGACCUUCGACUGGUCACUCCAGGACUUGCAAACCGCCUAAGAGGCAUGUGGAAAAGGAGCUAUGAGGUCCUCGAGAUGGAGCGCAAGACCUACCUGGUUGGCAAGACCGUGGCAGAUCGACCUCCUCCGUAUGUUGAUUUGCUUGAACUGUUUGCAGGCACCGCCACGAUGUCUUCAUUGGCCCAUCACUAUGACCUCAUCGCCAUGGAGCCCCAGGACUUGCUCUAUGGCCAGAACUUCAAGGACCGUGCAACCAGAGACCGGAUCUUCCAGAUGAUCAAGACCUAUAAGCCCUGGCUGGUGCCCAUGGGCGUUGAUUGCCGGCUCUGGAACCACUUCUCCAAGAACAUGAAUUGGAGCUCUUCAGAUCGGCUGGCACUCCUCGAAGAGCUUCGUGAAGAGGAACGGGAACUUCCCCGUUUUGCGACAAAGGUGGCAAGAGAACAAUUGGCCAAUGGUCGAUACUUCCUCAUCGAGAACCCUCUUAGGUCUGAUCUCUGGACCCUCGAUGAGAUUCAAGCUUUGAUGCAAGAGCCUGGCGUAUGGUCUACGACCUUGGAUGCUGGGGCCUUUGGUGCUGAGAUAGAUGGCGACCCCAUCAUCAAGACCAUGCGAUGGAUUGGCAAUCAACCUGGCUUGCAUGAGGCCUAUCCAGACCUUCUGUGCUGCACCAUCUUGCAAGAGCUUCGUGGAUUGGUUGCGCAACAUGAACCACAUCGGUUUGGGCCGCCACUUCAUCAAGUUAUGGCAGUUUCACAGCCAACGACUGAUCUCUCCCAAUGGGACAAGCUCACUGAGUACGUCACUAACUGCUUUGAGCGGUCAGCAAAACGACCAUACUAUGUGGAUGUCAAGUCCGACAUGGGCAAAGAGAUUUCCAACCUCCUCAGGAUGGACCUGGACAAGAUUCAUGUCGUCUAUGCACCAACCACGAGGAGAACACCUGUGAACACGACCGGCUGGUCGACUCGAGCUGCCUACCUGUCUCAUGCAGACGGUACACGGGCCAUUGAGAUCGAAGAUGUUGGUGACAUUGUCUUUCCAAGGCAGACAGAUCCUUCUUCAUCCACGACGGCCAUUCCUGGACUUGUGACGGACAUCAGCUUCCCAGGAGCCAAAGAAGUGACACAAGAUGUCAAGCGAGCCAUUGCCAGGGCAAGAUCAGCGCAUCCAUCAUCAAGACAGCCUCGCCCGGCAGCUAUGCCGCGCAUGCAAGCUGGACAGUUCAAUGAUGAAGUACAGAUGGACGUCUUCUUUGGAAGGACUCUCAACAGCACCACCUUCGGCGUCCUUGGCAUUGUGGACAGAGCAACUGGCUUGGAGCAGGCUGUGUUGAUGGAUGAUCGAACCUCCGAGAACAUGUUCACCCUGUUUGAGGAGGCAUGGCUUCGACCGUAUGGCACCCCUGUUCGAGUUCGCUGUGACCCUGACACCAGCUUCAAGGGGUUCUUUGAGCGGAAGCUUCAAAGCUUGGGAUGCACAGUUGAACAUUGUCCACCUGAAGCUCACCACGUCAUCGGCAUGGUGGAACGUCGCAAUGCAGUUCUGAGGCUGACGCUGGAAAAGGUCAUCGACCACAUGGGAGUUGUGGACAAGCGAGAUGUCAAGACAGCUCUCACUGCGACCGCCCAUGCAAUGAACAACAUGUGCCUUUCACGAGGCCGGACGGCCUACCAAGCAGUGUUUGGUCGCCAACCUCGACUACCAGACAAUGUCUUGGAAGAUGAAACUGUGCUUGCCUCUUCCUCACAGGUCUACAACCCUGUGGAUGAGGAGACAGACAAUCCGGCACUACGUGCUGAGAUGGCUCGUUGCGAGGCCAUCAAAUGCCUGGCUGACAUGAAUGCCAGUCAGUCUUUGCGAAGGGCACUUUUGAGGAAGACUCGCAUCACGAAGGUUCCGGACGUGAUGCCUGGGCAGAGAGUGGCAAUAUGGAGAUGGCAGAAACGUGGAGCAAAGAAGCGAGGUGCUUGGACUAUGUGCAGGUUCCUCUCGUGGGAUCCAAGUCACCCUGGACGGCAAGCUUGGGUUCGGUUGGGCUCUACUACUGUCCUGACCACUGCGGAGCAAAUGAGGACCGCCUUUGGCUUUGAGCAGUGGACUCCUGAUGAAGAAGAUAUAGCGGCCCUAAAGAAUGCCACGACCCAGUUUCAAGAGAGCCUCCUCGACGACCAACGUGGUCCUCCUCCAAAGGAGAUCGAUGAACUCCCAGCGGUUGACGAGAUUGCUGAAGCUUCAACACAAACACCUGUGAUGACAGCUCUCCCAUCGGCAGCUGCAGCACCUGCAACGCCUGAGAUCGAGCAGAUUCCACCAAGGACUGUCACAGUCAAUGUUGACAGCCCCACAAACAUAUACAAGCAGAAGCACGCAGCAGUCAAUGUCUACCAGCCUUGCACACUGAACCAGCAUCUCUUCAUGAAGUACAACCUCACGAAGAACAAGGAGUCCAAGCAGAUGGAUCGAGAGAUCCCUUGGCGGCAGAUUCUUCAACUUCCACCGGCCAUGAUCGACAAGUACCUUGCGGCCAUUGACAAAGAGGCCCUGUCUUGGGAAGAGUGGCGAUCCAUCCGUCCGCUCACACGGGAGGAAGCCUUGGCAGUCUACAAGGACAAGAUGCUUCGACAUCGCAUCAUGAGAUCCCGUGCCCUCUACCGGGACAAGAACUGUGGCCAAGGAACAGUCACAGAGAUGGUUCUCUACUGCCUCAUCGUGGCUGGUCACAACCGCGAGCUCUUUGACACCGACCACGAAUGGGUGUCUUGGUCAGGAGACGCUGCAACGGCAUUCCUCCAAGGCAAACAGGAGGACAGUGAACGACCAGCUCCACUAUACAUGAAGGCUCCAGCUGAUGGCUUGAUCGCCAUGACCUCACGAUCAAAAUGCGCGCUCUACCAGAUCCUGGGCAACGUCUACGGCCUAGCGAAUGCUCCAGCUCUCUGGACAGGUGAAGUCUCCAAGAGAUUGUUGGGCCUGGGCUACACCAGGCACGUCUUCGACCAGAUGCUCUUCUACCUGGUCAAUGAGGCUAAUCAGAUUGUCAGCCUGGUGAUGAUUUAUGUGGAUGAUUUUUUGGGUCUCCACACAAAAGACCAUGACAUCUCGGCACUGCAGAGCCUCUUCAAGUGGGGCGAGAUCCACACCUUCAGCCCCGACAGCAAGAUCACCUUCAAAGGCAAGACCUUGGAGCUGAAGAAGAAUGAAGCUGGGCGCUAUGUCAUGGACAUCACAAUGGAGAAGUUCAUCCAAGGCCUUUCGCCUGGAGUCAUCCCUAAGGGCAGGCUUCAAGAAGAUGAGCUGCUGUCACCAGCUGAGUUCCAGGAGUUCCUGUCAGUAUCCGGUUGCUUGCAGUGGGCUGCAACUCAAGCCCGACCUGAAGUCGCACCAGCGCUGAGCUUGGCAAAUCAUGGAGCGCUCACAACCAUCCAUGACCUCCGCAGCCUCUAUGAGUCCCUCUCCUACCUCAAAGAAACGCCUUCUGAGGGCAUCAGGAUUCAGGACGUGGCUGUGGGCAAAGCAACGUGGGUCCUCACGUUUACGGAUGCCUCAUGGGCUAAUGCCCAAAGAAGUGGAAGCCAGAUCGCAGUGAUCACUGGCUUGACCUCUGAGGAGUGCAAGGUUCGACCAGUUCCCUUUGCACUUGUGGACUGGCGCUCGGCUCGGAGCGCUCGUGUUUGCCGCUCCACCUGCGCUGGCGAUGAGGGCAGCGAUCGCGGCAGCUACCUGAACAUGUUCCUCAGCGAACUGACGCAUAGGUGUCCUGCUCACCAGGCAGGUUUGAGGUUGAACUACCUCCAAGCCACAGACUCAAAGAGUUUGUAUGACGCUGUGGUACAGCCCAAUCCGUCACUGACGGAUCGCCGCUCGUUAGUGAAUGUGAGGGCCAUGCAGGAAACCCUGACCCCUUUGAACAUGCAUUGGGUCCCCACAUGGCUGCAGUUUUCGGACGGCCUCACGAAGGCCAGUACAGUGCUCAGGGCCACCUUCAGGAAGUGGCUGACCGCACCUUUUGCGGCGCUGGCAGAUCACGCUGAUUUGCAAGACUGGAAGGAGAGCUCCUUUGCUGCUGCCGCUGGAGCUGGAGAAACAGCUCAACGGAUAUCUGCGGCGGCAGGAGAUUCAGGAACCUUGCAGGCGCAGAAAGCUGCAGAAGCUGCAGCAGCAGCUGCUGCUGCCUGUGGUUUGAAUGCUGAGCAUCAGGUCAAAGCAGCUGCAGCUGCUGCUGCAGACGCUGCCUUGCAGGCCAAAGUGCAGGAGAAUUCGCUUUGCAGCAUUGGUCUGGGACAAACCAAGCUGUGUUCUGUCCAUUUCAGCAUCGAUGAGGCCACGACUGCAGAUCUCAUAACGAAUGCCAAGGGUGCGGCAGCAGCUGCCAACGCUGCGGCUUCUGGUGCCAGCCUUCAAGAUCAAGUCGCAGCCGCUGCGCAGGCAGCUUUCGCUGAAGCGGUGGCGCAAGGACUUUUGGAUACCCAGCAAGCAAUUUUGGCAGCAGCAGCGGCGGCUGCAGCAGUUUUCCAAGACCAGGUUCUUUCGUAUGACAGCAGCUACACAUGCUCCGAUGGUGCUGCUUGUGCAGGGAACCAGUGCUGCUCUGCAAGCGAGGCUUGCCCCUCUGCUCAUCCCGCUUUUAAUCAAUGUGGCAACAGCCAUGCUCUGGUGCUAGCAGAUGGGCAGAUAGCAGCUGCAACACAAUGGGCGACAGAAAUCGCAGGCCAGGUGGGUCUUGCUUCCGUGAAGUUUGACUUAGGAGCCCAAGCAGCUGGAGAGGCAGCAGCCGAAGCUUCUCGGGAACGAGGCGACAACUGCACGGAGCAGGCCACCGCUGCAGGGAUGGCUGCAGCAGCUGCAGCAGCCAAUGGCAACCUUACUGCCCGGGAGCAGGUUGCCUUGGCAGCAGCCGCUGCAGCAGCAGCUGCUGCCAGAUCCAGCGCUUUAAACGGCAAUUUCGAGUCUUCCACAAAUUGCUCUUCCAAACAGGGUCAGAUGGAUGCUGCGGCGAGAAUAGCAGAAGCAGUUGCUCGUGCAGCUGGUUUGCCUAUAGAAGAAGUUGUUCAAGCAAUUCUUGAUGCCGUGAGAGCAGCCGAAUGGGAGGCCACACAUCCCAGCAACAGAACCACCACAUACACCUCUACUUCAUCCACUGUGACUUCCACAACAACACUUCCUGUGGUCAUAUGCUUGCCAGAUGAAUCAGAUUGUAGCCACUAUAUGCUACACUCUCAGAGGUGUCAAGCAAAUUGCACCAACGAGGACGAUAUCCUCUCUGGCUAUCAAACAUGCAUCAUAACUUCCAAUACAUCUGCUCGGUAUUAUGGAACCUCAUAUUGCAUUGGAGCGAAUGACCCUGCAGUAGCCCAGGAGCAGCGAGACUAUGUGCUCGGCAGUGUGACAGUCAAUGUGAAUAGCACCACUCCAGUCACGACAGCCAAAGCCCGGGAGGCCUUAGCGUCUCUGAUAGGCAUCCAUCCAGAUCAAAUCGAGGAGCUGAAUGCCACCCUAGUUGGGGACUCCUCAGAUGGUUCUUCGUCCUAUGUCGUUGACUAUGUGAUCAAGACAUGGAGCUUGGAGGAAGCCCAACAACAAGAUCCCACAGCUACUGACGUCAUCAGCGCAUCGUCAAUCCUGUGGUACUCCUAUGCUGUGAGGACGCAGGCCAGCGCCUUUUU